AUGUUAAAAUGGAAGAUCUUUCCGGUAAUACGGAGAAGCCUUUUUUCUGUGUUGUACGUGCACACCGAUGUUCAAAGGAGCGAGAAUUUUCCAGGAAUCUCAGCCCUACGAUCGAUCUACGAUGCGAUUCCGAUCAACGUCCGGGAAAAUCUGGAGGCUGUCUACUUCCUCCACCCAGGUCUACAAUCCAGGCUCUUCCUCGCCACCUUUGGCCGCUUCAUUUUCAGCGGAGGUCUAUAUGGAAAGCUAAGGUAUGUGAGCAAGUUGGACUACCUGUGGGACCACGGCAUCGAGAGCUUCCGGCGGACUUCGGGGAGCUCUCGACGGAGCCAGAAAGCUCGCCGGAGUGGUUAUUGGAAGCCUUGUUGGAUCUAUUACGCCUGGAGACCGAGAUCGCCGAGUCGUCAAGGGCGAUACAGGGGAACCCAGAUCGAGUUCUCUGAAAUCGGGUUUGUUGGUGGUGGUGGUGUCGUCGUCAAAGGUCAUCGAGUCCCGGAAUCGAUCGGGGAGUGUAUUGAGCCCUAGUUUCGAAAUGGGUUUCUGAGACUACGACAUUUUGGAGU